AUGGCUUUUCGCCUGAACUUGGUCCCAGGCCAAGCCUCCGACCACUGCUACCAACGGGGCCACCAACGCCUCUUUAUGGCCCUCGAGCUCUCGUAUGGAAUCGUUAAUCAUGCAGAGGAGGAGGAGGAGGAGGAGGAGGAGGAGGAGGAGGAGUACGAGUCCUCUACUAACUGGGAAGGAAAUUCUGACUUGUUCGAGUCCACCGCCCCCGAGUCCGCCACUGCUAAGUCAAAGUCUGCGCCACUCAAAGCAGGAAACAAUGUCGAGACGUUGCCCAGUGAGCUUCGUGCUGCUCGGCGUGAAAAACAAAAAGCCAUAAGAACCCCAACAAACACAUCUCGUGGCCGUGGUCGUAGUGGUAGCGGUGGUCUUGGCUACCUGCCGACUCCUCGAUCAAACGAUUCAAACGCGGGCCCCUCAAGACUUCCUGAUGAGCGCAGCCGGAUUAGCAAGAAAUCGAGGAAAGGAGAGCGCUGCGUUUUCGGUAGUUGUAAUCUAAACCCUGCUACGGUUGUCCUGAAAACAUCGACACAACUCGAUUUCCCUUUCCCCUAUACCCCAGAGCACAUAAACUCAAUGGAAAAAGAAAUCAAUAAACGGCUCGAUAAGCUCGAGAGCUUUGCCAUCAAUACUAACGCCCUUGCCAAGAACGCUCGAGAGGAGUUCUACAAAGACACCGUCGUCCUUCGUCUUCGCGGUCUGGCACACCAAGUUACCCUCUUCGAGAUCCAGUCUCUGAACCAAGCCACCAUCGCCCAGAUCCUUACUGAGGUUCAAGCUACCAACGCUUGCAUGGAUGGAAUGAAAACUCGCAUGGAUGAGAUGAGUAACAUCAUCUCUCAGCGCAAACUCGGCAAUGUCCUGGCAGGUCUCAGUGGUUUGCUUCAUGCGGCAUCUGCAACCAGUGCGAUUGUUGGCCGUAGUGCACCAAAAGUGUCUCCCGACGCUGUUGUUACUCACGCCCUUUCAAGCGAGGAUGAAUUUCCAGGCCUCGAUAUACGAGAACUCGAUGGGGUCGACUUUCAGCAGCUGAACAUUCAUGUUUUGGGGAAGGCUUCAGUGGUUGGCGAGGAUGAUGGACCACCGUUCUGCGAAAGCGAGGUUAUCUAG